AUGAGUGAAAAUCAAAAAAAGCAUAGUAAAAGAAGAAAAAAAUAUGAGAAAGACAGCGAAAGGCAUUGUAAAAACAGAGAAAAGUAUUAUAAGAGUAAAGAAAAAAAUGACGAAAUUAUAGAGGAGAAAGUUAAAAAAGAGCCCAAAAAUGAAUUAUCCGAAAAUGAUAAAACAAAACAAUUAAAACGAUAUAAUAAUGAAAUAAAAGAUCGAUUUAUGGACAAUGCUAAUGAGUUAAAGCAAUGCGACAAAAAAUUACAAACAUCACACGUACGUUAUCAUCGAAAAGUGACACGUGAUUAUGCUGUAUCACCUGAUAAUACUUUACGUGAAAUAACUGGUGACAUGCCAAAUUUGGAGCUAAAGCAUGUUUUAAGCAAUGAAACAAUAUAUACCGAUGAUCAACUCAUGUAA